UGCUCGGAACAGGGGCUGUAUGAGAUGUUUCGGAUGCUCUCACUACUCUCACUUUUGCCUCUACGUUAGUUUGCGUUGAUUAUCUGUAAUUAGGCAAGCGAUGUGGAGGAAGAUGCUGGUGCGCAAAAGGACUCUCCAUCCCUCUCUGCACAGGGAAAGACCUGGAUUUGCAGCUCCAGAGGUUUCCCCUGCAUAGCGCAUCGUGGAAGUUACAUCUACACGAUUCUCUUCUCUAAACCCUGUCGGGUAAAUCCUCAUAGAUGGUAUUUCUGUGCUCAGUUUCAUGGCUUUGGUUCACUGAGGACCAUCCAAAGCGAAGACAUGGCAGUGUCAAAUAUGCUGUUCUCUGACGUUGAAAGUUUCCUGGACUCGCACCCCGACCUGUUCGAGGACUACCUGAACAGGAAGGGCAAUUACUCCAUGGUGGAGAAAUGGCUGAAGAACCACCAGGCGAGCAAGGGUCCGGCGGCCGCGGCGCCCACCGCCGAGCCCCGGGAGGAGAAGGGCAAUGCGUGCAAGGACAGCUGGGCGAGCAAGUGCGACGGUCUGCAACGGAGAGCGUCUCAGAAGGAGCUGCGCAAAACUUUCGCCAGGUCUAAGGCUAUCAACGCGAACAGGACCUACGACGAGCAUGUGAACUCCAGGGCGCAGGAGCCUCUUACCAGCAUGAGGAGGAGAGCUCUGCUGAGGAAGGCGAGCUCCCUGCCCCCGACCACCGCGCACAUCCUAAGCGCGCUGCUGGAGUCCAGAGUCAACAUCCCCCAGUACCCGUCCACGGCCGUGGAUUUUAAGUAUUAUCUCAAAGAACACAACGAGAGGGAGUUCUUCCUGGAACUCGUGAAAGACAUAUCCAACGACCUGGACCUGACCAGUCUCAGCUACAAAAUCCUGGUGUUUGUUUGUAUUAUGGUGGAUGCAGACCGGUGCUCCUUGUUUUUGGUGGAAGGGACGGGCAACAAGAAAACACUGGUGUCUAAAUUCUUUGACGUGCACGCAGGUACCACAGUUUUACCCUCCAUGAACUCGGAUGAAGUUCAGGUUCCGUGGGGGAAAGGGAUCAUUGGUUAUGUGGCUGAACAUGGAGAGACGGUGAACAUCCCUGACGCCUAUCAGGAUCGCCGAUUCAGUGAUGAAAUUGACAAGCUGACGGGUUACAAAACCAAGUCCCUCUUGUGCAUGCCUAUUCACAACAGCGAUGGCGAGAUCAUUGGAGUCGCUCAGGCCAUCAAUAAGUCUUCAAGUGGGGAACGCUUCACUGAAGAUGAUGAGAAGGUUCUGCAGAUGUACCUGCCUUUCUGUGGUAUUGCAAUCUCCAAUGCUCAACUCUUUGCUGCCUCCAGGAAGGAGUACGACCGGAGUCGGGCGCUCUUGGAGGUGGUCAAUGACCUGUUUGAAGAACAGACUGACCUGGAAAAGAUUGUCAGGAAGAUCAUGCACCGUGCCCAGACUCUGCUAAAGUGUGAGCGCUGCUCCGUUCAACUGCUGGAGGACAUUGAGUCACCGGUGGUCAAGUUCACCAAAUCGUUCGAGCUGUUGUCUCCAAAAUGUAGUGCAGAUACUGAAAGCAGUUUCAAAGACAGUAUGGAAAAAUCAUCCUACUCAGACUGGCUCAUCAACAACAGCAUUGCAGAGCUGGUGGCUUCAACUGGACUUCCUGUGAACAUUAGCGACGCCUAUCAGGAUCCUCGCUUUGAUGCUGAGGCAGACCAAUUCUCUGACUUUCAUAUCCGCUCUGUGCUCUGUGUUCCCAUAUGGAACAGCAACCACCAGAUCAUCGGUGUCGCUCAAGUGCUGAACAGGCUGGAUGGGAAACCGUUUGACGAUGCAGACCAACGUCUCUUCGAGGCCUUUGUGAUAUUUUGUGGAUUGGGCAUCAACAACACGAUCAUGUACGACCAGGUGAAGAAGUCUUGGGCUAAGCAAUCUGUGGCUUUGGAUGUUCUGUCUUACCAUGCCACUUGCUCCAAAACUGAAGUCGAUAAAUUUAAGGCUGCUAACAUUCCCCUGGUCUGCGAGCUGGGCAUUGAUAAGCUCUCUUUUGAUGAUUUUUCCCUGGACGUCGACGCAAUGAUAACAGCUGCUCUGAGGAUGUUCAUCGAGCUGGGAAUGGUGCAGAAGUUUAAGAUUGACUAUGAGACACUAUGCAGAUGGCUGCUGACUGUCAGAAAAAACUACAGGAUGGUUCUGUACCAUAACUGGAGACAUGCAUUCAACGUAUGCCAGUGCAUGUUUGCCAUGUUAACGACGGCGGGUUUCCAGGAGACGCUGACAGAGCUGGAGAUCUUAGCUCUUAUUGUAGGCUGUGUGUGCCACGACUUGGACCACAGGGGCACAAACAAUGCUUUUCAGGCCAAGACGGGUUCAGCCCUCGCUCUGCUUUAUGGGACCUCUGCUACGCUGGAGCACCACCACUUUAACCACGCUGUUAUGAUCCUGCAGAGCGAGGGUCACAACAUCUUCUCCAACCUCUCCUCCACGGUGUACAGCGACCUCAUGCAGCUGCUCAAACAGUCCAUUCUGGCCACAGACCUCACGCUUUACUUCGAGAAAAGAAACACCUUCUUUGAUCUUGUCAGCAAAGGAGAAUACAACUGGAACGUGAAGGCUCACAGAGACAUGUGCAGAUCUAUGAUGAUGACAGCCUGCGAUCUUGGAGCUGUCACAAAGCCAUGGGAAAUAUCGCGCAAGGUUGCUGAGUUGGUAACGAGUGAAUUCUUUGAGCAGGGUGACCGAGAACGACUGGAGCUAAAGCUCACACCCUCUGCCAUCUUUGACCGAAACAGGAAGGAUGAGCUUCCAGGGUUGCAGCUGGAGUGGAUUGAUGGAAUCUGCUCGCCUCUGUAUGAGACUCUUGUCAAAUUGAAUCCCAAACUUCAGUCGAUGGUUGAUAUGAUCCGAGCAAACAGGGCCAACUGGGAGGAACUGAACAAGAAGAGACAAAGUGGCCAGAGUGUUUCUGCCCCCUACAGUGGCGAGGCCACGGAAACCAACAACUGCACAGGGGCCAAAACCAGCAGCACACCCUGCUGCGGUGGCGACUCUGAAAGCACACCAUCCAAGACGGCCAGUUAGCUUCUGCUGAAGAGCUUAACCAUCCUGGGCCUUUUUAUUCUUCAGAAUGCAGCCUGCAGCAGAGGCAGUGCAUGCAGAGGUUCUUGGGCUCUGCUCCUCUUCGCUUUUGCAACCAGAGAUGAGCUUUAACAGUUGGGUGUGGCGCGAUCCUAGAGGUUUUCUCACUCCCUUCAGAUUCCCCAUGCUGAAGGCUGACAGAGCCAUGUUUGGCAGGCUCGUCGGAGCAGCCGGAGAUCAGCUGAUGACACCUCGUCAAGGACUGUGUUGCUCUGACUUUUUGGCAAAAGACAUGAAGAGUGGCGUUUGUCUCACUGUUGUGUUUUGUUUCUUUUGGUAUCUCUCUGUGUUGCUCGCAUUUUGUCCAGAGGUUAAAGAAUCUUUUUGUAAAUCUGUAAAUAAGCUGUUGAGUUGUUAAAGCAUUAUGUAUUGGAUUGGAAUGUGGUUCUAGAGCUUCUUCUAAAGAAUGAAGAGGUGUACAACCAGUAGGACCAGUGGCUUUCAAUGCAAAAUGAAUUAUGUGCUCCCUCCCUUCCUGUGCCUUGUUUCAAGAUCCUACUGAAAAAUGCAUGACCUCUGUGUCGAGGUUCUUACAUGUUAUGGAAAUCCUUGUUGAACCGUGCUGAAUUUCUGCCAUAAUUUGUAAAACUGCAGCUAUCUCUUGACCCCUUAGUUUACUGCGAAGAAUUAUGAUAAUUUACAAAUGAAAACAUAUUUUGGCCCAGUUUUAUACAUACAGCGCAGGGCCUCUCUUGUCACACAAAAAUACACAAUGUGCCUUGAGAAAGUUGCUCUCAUAACACAUGCAUUUCUGCAGGGCAAGACUUCAGCUCUGAUGACUCAGUUCUGACAGCUGGAACACAAAACGCCACAUUUUAUUUCAAAAGCCUUGCUUAGACAUUUUCAGGGCAUCUCAUUUUCUGUUUUUUACACUUCAUAAAGGGCCCAUACCACUCUUAUGUUUAUCAGGCAUAUAUAUAAGGCUGCAGUGAGUAACAGAAGACCUAAAUGUAAUAAAACCCCUUGACUCGGUCAAAAGGUAACAUAAUCAACCCACUACUGCAUGAUCAAUUAAAACCAACCCAGGCACCAUACUAAAGAAAAAAAAAAUCAUACCUCUGCAAAGACCAGAUAUCUGUCCCUUGGUCAUCCAUUGUCUUCCACUUAUCCAAAACUGUGCUGUGGAGUAAUACAUCCAGUAGGAAAAUCCAAUGAAACUCUCCAGUUCGUUCUGUGGGAUCUCAAGGUAUUUCCAGUUCAGAAGGAAUAUAUAGUCCCUCCAACAAGUUCUUGGUCUGCACUGGGGUUUCAUACGCAUGGCCUGUGGUCUAAUGAAACUAAAAGUGGAGUGUUUGGCCAUAAUGACCCUCACUAUGUUUAGAGAAAAAAGGAGAAGCUUGCAUACCUGAGAGCACCAUCCCAACUGUGAAGUAAAAGGGUGGCAGAAAUAUUGAAGCCACUUCUCAAGACAUCAGCCAGUAGUUGAAGCUUGGGCACAAAUGGGUCUUCCAAAUGCACAAUGACACUAAGCAUACCAGCACAUUAGUUACAAAGUGGUUUAAGGACAAAAAAAGUCAAUGUUUUGUAGUGAUCAUCACAAAGACCUGAUCUCAGUCCCUUAGAAAAUUUGUUGGCCGAGCUUGAAAUGUGCGUAAGCAAGGUGGCCCAAAAUGGGCCAAAACUCCAGCACGCUAUAGUGAGAAGCUUGUGGAAGGAUAGCCCAAUCAUUUGACCCAAGUCAUACAGUUUAAAGCAAUUCUACCAAAUACUAUGUAAAUCAAUGUGAACUUCUGAAUUUGAAGUAAGUUUUGAAACAAUUCUCUGGACAAUUAUCUAAUUAUUCUGGCAUUUAGCAAAUAAUGGUAAUCCUAACUUACCUAAUGCAGGACAUGUGUCUUCACACAGAGUAUCUAGCUUCAUCUCUGUCUGCUCGUUCCUGAACUCCCGUUAUUUCUUUGCCAAAAAGCAACAAACACAAGAGCAAGUGUUGUGAACCAGCAACAUGUCUAUCAGUGACCUGGGUUUUACUUUGUGUAACAGCAUUGUUUUCUUAACUCUGGUCUGAAGUCUCUCUGAGCGUAUCUGUUAGACCUUGGUUGCCAUUUUGAUUCCAACUUGAUGUUUCCUCAGGUAUAGGUUCCAUAACUGUAGGUUCACAUAUAGGAAAAUGCUAAAUGCUGGUUAAUUAUUUAGCUUUUACAUGACAGUGCUAGAUUAGCUGGGAGUCAGACUGAUCUCCUAAAGCUCAAAACUGUUGGGGUUGCACAUAAGGAAGUAUAAAAUAUUUUAGUUUUUGUACAGAUUCAUCAAAAAUGUCCAGGUGGGAUGAUCUGAGAACCUUAAAGGGGGAUUUUGUUACCUUUGGUUAAGUGUGCUGUUCACUGACAGUUCAUCAGCCCUUCAAGUUAACCUAAUACCACUGUUACUUAAGUCUGAACUGUACAGUCGGAUGGAUAUUUACAGGGUUCCCAGGCAGUUUCUGUGUCUUUCCUUUCUCCCUUGUACCACCUCCUUUCCCUCCUGAUGGUCUUUUUUUUUGUCAUGGUCUUUUUUUUUGUCAUGUGUCCUUUCUUCUUUCCUUCCUUGCAUGUUUUCUUUCUUCCUGCUUACUUGGGCCUUUGUUUCUUUUCUCCCCUGUAUACUAUUUACCUUUUCCCCUUGUGCCGUUCCUUCCCUCCUUUAUUGUGUCCUUAAGUUUGUCCUCCCUUUUAUCCAUUCUUCCUUCCGACACUCAGAAUUGAGUUAAUCGAGUUAGUCAAAGCAUUUCUACGCAGCAGGAGACAGAAACUCAGAUUUCCUGCUGCAUUUAAAGGAAACUCAUGACUAAAACUUGGAGAUAGGAAGUUAAAUCCCAGGUAAACCGUGAUUGAAGUCAAAGCUUCCAGUUUUUUGUUUUUAUGUGGACAACCAUUUGAGGGCACCUUCAGGUCAGUGAGUGUCUAAAGCUCAAGUCAAGCACAAAUCUAUUUAAAGCACAGCUUUCAUAGUCAGAUUCAAGCUGUUUCCAGUCUUUAAAAAUCGUUUGGUUUAUUUUGAAACAUUCUCCACGUUUUCUUUCAUUUCUAGCCUUCUCUCAGAGCCUACACACACUACGAUCUGUAUGAGAGCUUUCCUUCCUGCAGAAGACUGACGUUAAAACUGAAGUGCCCAUGUAAUAUCAAAGCUUUCCCUUUGGUAUUAUUCUGUUACAAGCAUUAUUUCUGGGUUUGCCUUAUGAGUUGUGUUGUAGCUUUGUGGGCUGGAGUUUCUAAUGUGACUGUGCACAUCGUGAGGCAUGGAUCUACUGUGUUUUAUCUGAAGACCUCAACAGAAGUUGACCAGAGUUGCAUGUUUAAUGCAGUCUUGACUCCAACCAAUUUGCUGAAGAUGUAGCAAACGCAGUAAGCCGGCAAAUACCUCGUAUUUUGAAUAGUGCACACCUUAUCUCAUCAGACCUGCAUGACUUAAAUCCUCCUGUAUCAUGCUGCGUGACUUACAUAUGAAUAUUGCUCUUCUAUUUUUCUAUUAGGUCUCCACAAAGUCUUCUCUUCCUUUUUCCUCUUGUGUUUCUCUUUCAAUCUGGAUUUUGGAUGUAUUCAUGACAGCCUAAUCUGAAGGACAGCCAAGGCAUGAAAAAGGCAAAUGUGUUUCUGUUUCUGUUAAGAGUUUGAAUAAAGAAAAAAAAAUCUGC